AUGUCACCACCAAGCUAUACUAAGAUCACUCUCGACUUCCCGCCGAUGAGCGCGGACUUCGACCCGUACAACAGGGGCUACCUAGUCGUGGGAGGUGGCGGAGGAGAGGGCAGGAGCGGAGUCAGCAACAAGAUUGCUUUGCUGGAUAUCACUUCACCUGCGACCAUCGAGAAAAGUGCAGAGAUAGAGCUGUCACGGGAUGAGGACUCCGUAACCUGCCUGGCAAACCUAGCGUCAAAAGAUGGGUUGAUCACAUUUGCUGGCAUAAAUUCAUCGGAGAAGGAUCGGCUGGCCGGCAGGAAUGAGCAUUUCCGCAGCUUUAUGGUGGACUACCCACCGAAGAAGGCCACAGGGACGGAACCACAAGCGACGACAGAAAAGACACCCGAGGGCAAAAUCACUUUCCAUGGCAAGACCUCGCUCUUCAAGCCUCCCAAAGAGGCCGCGGCGAGAAAGGAAGCCUAUCAGCGAGUAUUGCGACUAUCUCCGACAAAGAAGAGCAGCUCCGGAAGCAAGCGCAUUGGUGCGGCCGCGUCCUCGUUCUCAGCUCCCAACGAGGUGGUGAUCUUCGAUGCGACGAGCUCCGCGCCCUCCUCAUCAGACAUCAUAGAGCACAUAGAGUUGCCAGAGAACGCAGAAGCUAACGACAUCGACUUCAUAGAGCAGGGCGAUGGCUACUUCCUGGUCGGAUACGUCACCGACGACGCCGUCCGGACACUACCAGUCUCUUACGAUUUCGCCUCUCACGAACGCAAGACUCCAUCUAUAGAUCCCCGAACUAUAUAUACCGUCCCUUUCCCGGACGUAUUUGAAAAGCCCGGCAGGUCUAAGCUCCGUGCGUUGCGCUUCCUCACUCCAAACCAUGUCCUCCUGCUCUCGAACCUGCCGAACCGCAAAGGUGCCGAGCUCUCCAUACUACGGCUCUACCAGAGCGGAGGACCAGGAACUGUAAUGCUCCGAAAGCGGCUCCCAAGCCACGUCAAAGCAGCCAUCGGCAUGGACGUCUCCCUCCUCGACGCCGACCCCUCAACCGGCGAGCGCCAAAUCGUCGUCGCCGUGGCCGGCCAAGAUAUCUCAGUGUGCGUCUAUACGCUCGACUACCGCGGAAGCGCCAAAGACAGCAUUUCGCACUUCCACAAAGUGACCGUCCUCAAAGACGUGCACCCGCUCCAAAUCACCCAGAUCAAGCUCUCCCCCUUCCAUUCCCCCUGGCCUUCCUCUAACCCGGGCGGCCCCCCGACCCCCGCCGACCUGAACUCCGCCAAACCCCCUGGCCCGCAACACCUCCGCCUCUGCACGACCUCCCUCGGCAACACCGUCGUCGUCGACACCUUCACCCUGCGCCCCCUGCACCCCUCCAAGCGCGGCACGCGGUACAUCCUCCCCUCGGCCUCCGUCUCCGACAGGCUGCACACGGGGCUGAGCCUCCUAACCAUCGGCUUCGUGCUCGUCGUAACUCUACUCCUGCUGCAAGGCGUGCUGGGCUACAACUCCACCGGCAGCUCCGCCCUCAACAUCCUCCCUCCGCGCCUGCGCGACGCGCUGCAGCGGCUCGGGAGCUACAGCCCCCCAGGCGCGGUACCCCCGCAUCUUAGGCACAGAGUCCAGGACGCGGUGCCCGAGGCGAUCGCGGAGCCGAUUCGCAAGACGAGCCAGCGGCUGAGGGAUAUUCUGCAUCUGGCCCAGCCGGGCGAGGGAGCGGACACGAAAGCGAUCAUCGUGCGCGAAGGGGAUUCGGCCACCGGAUCUACGGAUCUGAGCACGGAGGUGCAUGCGGAUACGGCGCAGUUGCUCAGAGAACAUGUGCAGGCGAAGCGCUGGGAGGAGCUGAGUAAGAGCGAGCGGGAGCGGUGGAAGGAGCGGCUUGUGGAGGCUGGGCACUGGGCUGUUGAGGAGGGGGAGACGGUGCUGAAGGGGAUCUUCUUCAGUAGCUAUGCUGGGUUUGUGGGGCAGGUUGUUGGGCAGGCGCUGGGAGGUUAG